AUGUCCCAGAAGGUAUUCAAAGAGCACUCCGAGUUGUUUCCGAUCCGAGACGUACCCGCUGUGGUGGACGUGUUCCGCAAGGAGCUGGAAAAAAAAGAACCGGACCUGUUGCUGCUGUCGCUGGUGGCUGGCGCCAUCGAGAACACGAUGACUUGCGUCCGACCGACCACCGAAAUGCCGAUCGUCGUGACGGCUGAAACCAACUUUGACUUUGAUCAGGUACCACUGAGGCUACCCGACGUCGAGCUGCACAUUGUGGAAGCUCUGUACACGAAAUUCUACUCGCUCAUCAAGAGCAGCGUCGACCCUCUGCAUUUUGACGACCGAGACGGACAUGCCAGCCGAGAACUUGUGAAAAGGGUGUCCGACGUCAUAUGGAACACGCUUACUAGAAGUUACUAUAAAGACAGGGCACAUUUGCAAAGCAUGUAUAGCUAUUUAACAGGUUCAAAAUUGGACUGUUUUGGUGUUGCGUUUGCUGUAGUAGCUGCUUGCCAAAUACUCGGUUACAAUGAUGUUCAUUUGGCUUUGUCUGAAGACCAUGCAUGGGUUGUAUUUGGUCCAGAUGGUAGUGAAAACGCAGAAGUUACGUGGCAUGGAAAGGGAAAUGAAGAUAAACGUGGACAAAAAAUUAAAGAUUCAGGACCUGGUCAUAGGUCAUGGCUAUAUGUUAAUGGCCACCCCGUAGUUUGUAAUAGGCAUAUGGAAGUAUCAGCAUUAGUUAGCUCUAUUAACCCAAGUAUUAACCAAUCUAAUGACGCAUUGGAAGUCGCCACUCUUCAAAAAAAUCUUUUGUGGCUUCUUUACGAUGAAGGUCACUUAUCAAAAUUUCCACUUGCUUUAGGUAACUUAGGUGAUUUGGAAGAGUUAAAUGCAACACCUGGAAGACCUCCUUGUACAGCCUUAUUUGAAGAAGCUAUUUCAGCUGCUCGAAUAUACUACAGUGAUAUGUUUGUCUAUCCAUAUACUUACCAAGGUGGAUAUUUCUAUAGACACAACAUGAUUAAAGACGCUUUUGCAAGUUGGGCCAACGCUAGUCAAGUUAUAAGCAAGUAUAGUUUUAGUAAAGAUGAUGAAGAAUUAUAUAAAGAAAUGAUGGAUAUUGCUUAUGAAUUAAUACCAUACUCAUUGAAAGAAAUGACAUGUGGCAAAAGUCGUUCAAUAUUGAAUAACCCACAAUGUUAUGCGUAUGUGUUAUUAAUUUAUGAUGGUCUUUGUCUUUGGGAAGAAGAUGGAACAACUCCAGUAUUACACAUUAAAUGGGCAAAACAUUUUAUAAAUUCCAUUUCUAAGUUUGAUGAUAGUGUGAGAACAAGACUUAUCAUAUUAGAACCAAAAGAUUCUGAAAAUGAUAGUGGUGUAUUACAAGAUUAUCAUGAUACUAACAUGAAUAAUAAUAAUCGUCCACUGCCUAAAGUAAUUUUAAAUACUAUUCCUGGCACAGAAGAAGAAACUAAAUCAGAACUCCACCCUGGUAUUGAAGCACUAACUGCAGCUUGUAGCGAGCGAAUAUUGAAUCGAGAAUUCUUAUUACAAGGUGGCGGAGAACCUUUUGUGGGUAGUUCUGAUGAAUUACCUACUCCUACUAGUACACCUCAAGCACCUAUUUUAGAAACAACAUUAAAAGAUGAUGAACCUGAAACUAAAAUUGAGUUGAAAAGUAAGAAGAUGAGAAGCAUGAAAGAUCUACUAAUUGCAAAGAAAUUAAAUACACAAGCAAUAAGUUUACAAAUGAGUGCUCAGUCUCAAGGGGGAAAACGUCAUGCACCUAGAGAUAAUGCAGAACCAAUAUCCAGGCGGAGUAGAAGAAAUAACAACUAA